AGAUAAAAAAGAUAAAGCCCAAAAUGACAAGUCGACCAACGUCGCCACCGCCCAAACCCGAUGACGAUCCGGACCUUUCGUCCCGACCCGCUCCGUUCCCUAAUCAAGCUCAAACCGCCGCCACCGUCUCUGCUCAUCGGAAGAAGGGGACCGGUGUUCGGGCAUGGCUUAUACUGGACUCGACGUGCCAGACCCAGAUGGUGGAGGCCGGAAAGCAUGCAAUCAUGAGACGCACGGGUUUACCCGCUCGAGAUCUUCGGAUAUUGGACCCGCUUCUUUCGUACCCGUCUACGAUUCUGGGUCGUGAAAGGGCGAUCGUGAUUAACUUGGAGCAUAUUAAGGCAAUCAUCACAGCGCAAGAGGUUUUGCUUUUGAAUUCUAAGGAUCCUUCGGUUACCCCCUUUGUUGAUGAGAUUCAGAGCCGAAUUUUGUGCCAUUUUCAAGCAACCAAAGACCAGGAAGGCGCUGUUGAUGACUCCAGCUACAUAAUUCGAUCGAGUUCUCAAAAUUUGUCAUCAAGGUUUUCACAGCCUCAGAAUCUGGAUGAUGAAGGUAAAUCAGAAGAGAAACAAAGUCUUGAGAACCCAAAUGGCUCAAAGAUUCUCCCAUUUGAGUUUGUUGCAUUGGAGGCAUGCCUUGAAGCUGCUUGCAGCUGCUUAGAAAAUGAAGCAAGGACAUUGGAGCUAGAGGCUCAUCCUGCCUUAGAUAAAUUAACAUCAAAGAUCAGUACUCUCAAUUUGGAGCGGGUUCGCCAAAUUAAAAGCCGAUUAGUUGCAAUAACUGGGCGAGUCCAGAAGGUAAGGGAUGAAUUGGAACAUUUGUUAGAUGAUGAUGAAGAUAUGGCUGAGAUGUAUUUAACUGAGAAACAACUACUUGAAAAUUCAUCAACCUCGUCUAUAAAUGAGACAGAAGACAUGGGUGGUGAAGUUCUUCGACCAGACAUCAAUGAUAGGACACCUGCCGAAAUCUCCUUGGCAACCAAUUAUGAAGGUGAUAUCCAAGAAUCUGAUAACCCCCAGGAUAAUAUGUUUGCUGUUACUAAUGCAAUUGGCCGAGACAGCCAUGGAACUCAUACAAGCACUACACGCAGUGCUAUAAGCAAGCAUCUUGAUGUAGAAGAGUUAGAAAUGCUUUUGGAAGCAUAUUUCGUUCAAAUUGAUGGUACAUUGAACAAGCUGUCCACGCUGAGGGAAUAUGUCGAUGACACAGAGGACUACAUUAACAUAAUGCUAGAUGACAAACAGAACCAUCUCCUGCAAAUGGGAGUCAUGCUAACAACAGCCACCCUUGUCAUCAGUGCCUUUAUUGUUGUUGCCGGUAUCUUUGGCAUGAAUAUCCAUAUUGAGCUAUUUGACGACGAUAAAGCGGGGAUGCCGGAGUUCCUAUGGACAAUCGGAGGUGGUACCGCGGGGUCAAUAUUCCUCUAUGUGAUUGCUAUUGCAUGGUGUAAGUACAAGCGAUUGUUAGAGUAAGUCUUUGAGACCAAACUGUUUAUCAUGUGAAACCAUGGGGGAAAUAACAUGAACUGAAUGAUGGUACUGUAUAAACUUUUCCUGGAUUUGAUUUGUCUGAACAAGAACAAUGGGUUUGUUAAUAACCACAUUUAUUAAUACAUGCAUUUGCAGGUAGCUA